AUGGAAGGCCUUAUGAAUGCCGUGCAUUAUGUGACAUCGGAUCUCAGAACUCCGGGGCAGAUCCGAGUAGAAGGUAUAGGCGCCAAUGCAGCCGCUUACACAAAGGGCUCUACAACUGUGCGAUUGAGAUCCCUCAACGACGAGGCAUUCUCGAUGCAAUUUGAAGUCUACAUCCUACCAACGAUUACGACUAUGACACCAGUAUGCAAGGUCGACUCCUCCGCCUGGGAUCACCUUUCUGGACUCCAGCUUGCCGAUCCAACAUUUGGCACUCCUGCCAAAAUUGAUCUUCUUAUUGGCGCAGAUAUUUGGCCCGCUUUAAUUGCCGAUGGGAUUGCUGCGGGACCCCAUGACGAACCUAAAUGCAUUGGCGAUCAGAAACUGGACAAACUGGACGCUGGUCCUGUCGACGAACUCUCGGUAGAUCCUUGUGAACGGAUUUUCAUCGACACUGUACGUCGCACGGCAAGUGGACGCUAUAGUGUACAAAUCCCGUUUCUUCCGAAUGCUCCAGUGUUAGGAGAUUCGUAUCAAGCAGCGCGCCGUCAGUUUUUCCACCUUGAGCGAAAAUUAGCUGGCGACCCUGAACUCAGGAAUAAAUACAUCAUGUUUAUGCAAGAGUACAUAGCACUCGGUCACAUGAGUCCAGUGAAGGACGAUUGCAUCGACCCGACUCAAUGCUAUUACAUACCCCAUCACGCGGUGACAGGUAAAUUUCGUGUGGUAUUCAACGCGUCCUGCAAAACCACAAGUGGAGUGUCAUUGAACGACACUCAGUUUUCGGGACCACAGCUUCAGGACAAUUUGAUUGAUAUUCUUCAUCGGUUUCGACGCUAUCGUGUAGCUAUAACAGCCGAUGUCAAGAAAAUGUUUCGACAGGUUGAGAUCAAUCCCUUGCAUCGUAAAUGGCAACGCAUCUUGUGGCGGGAAUCUCCAGUCGAACCACUACGUAGCUUUGAGUUUGCUACAGUAACGUAUGGAAUGACAAGCAGUCCAUACAAUGCGAUUCGCUCCUUCCGGCAAUGUGCUGUAGAUAACUACAACAUUGUGGAGGACGAAAACCGUGCUUCUACAGCAAGAAAGAGUAUCCUGGAUGGAUUUUACGUCGACGACUAUUUGGAAAGUUUCGACUCUCUGGUGUAA